AUGCAGGUUAACCGAAUAACUUUUCACUGUGUCGAUGCUUUCCUACUUCCAUAUGAUAUCUUGUAUCAGCCGUUUUCCCAAAUGCUCUUGAGACAAUCUCCACGCAGCAGACGUCUAUGCAGGUUAACCGAAGAACUUUUCACUGUGUCGAUGCUUUCCUACUUCCAUAUGAUAUCUUGUAUCACCGUUUUCCCAAAUGCUCUUGAGACAACCUCCACGCAGCAGACGUCUAUGCAGGUUAACCGAAGAAUUUUCCACUUUGUCCUUGAAUAUAGCUUGCAGAUUCGAAAGCCAAAGUUCAGGGCAUAG